AUGUCGCAACCAGAAAACGCUCGUCAAGUCCCCUUGGAGGGGUCUGCUACUGUGAGCACAAAUUCUAACUCGUAUAAUGAGAAAUCUGGAAACUCAACUGCUCCUGGUACCGCCGGUUACAACGAUGACUUGGCACAAGCCAAACCCGUAUCAAGUUACGUUUCUCAUGAAGGCCCUCCCAAAGACGAACUGGAAGAGCUGCAAAAAGAAGUCGACAACCAACUAGAGAGCAAAUCGAAGUCAGAUUUACUAUUUGUAUCCGUCUGCUGUUUGAUGGUUGCUUUUGGUGGGUUCGUGUUCGGAUGGGAUACUGGUACAAUAUCUGGUUUUGUCAGACAAACCGAUUUCAUUAGGCGAUUUGGUAGUACCCGUGCGGAUGGGACUUCCUAUCUUUCCGAUGUCAGGACCGGUUUGAUGGUUUCUAUUUUCAACAUCGGCUGCGCUAUUGGAGGUAUAGUUUUGUCAAAACUCGGUGAUAUGUAUGGACGUAAAAUUGGUCUGAUGACUGUUGUCGUCAUCUACUCAAUUGGAAUCAUCAUACAAAUUGCGUCCAUUGACAAAUGGUAUCAAUAUUUCAUCGGUAGAAUCAUCUCAGGGCUGGGUGUUGGUGGUAUCACAGUUUUGGCACCGAUGCUAAUUUCUGAGGUGUCGCCUAAGCAGUUGCGUGGUACUUUAGUUUCGUGCUACCAAUUAAUGAUCACUUUCGGUAUCUUUUUGGGCUAUUGUACUAAUUUUGGUACCAAGAAUUACUCAAACUCUGUCCAAUGGAGGGUGCCACUAGGUUUGUGUUUUGCAUGGUCUAUCUUCAUGAUUGUAGGUAUGACAUUUGUCCCCGAAUCCCCACGUUAUCUGGUGGAAGUAGGAAAAAUCGAAGAAGCCAAGCGGUCUUUAGCAAGAGCUAAUAAAACCACUGAAGAUUCUCCUUUGGUUACUUUGGAAAUGGAGAAUUAUCAAUCUUCUAUUGAGGCUGAAAGAUUAGCGGGUUCUGCUUCUUGGGGUGAAUUGGUUACCGGUAAACCCCAAAUGUUCAGACGUACUCUAAUGGGUAUGAUGAUUCAAUCUUUACAACAGUUGACUGGUGACAACUACUUCUUCUACUACGGCACUACAAUCUUCCAAGCCGUGGGUUUGGAAGAUUCAUUUGAAACCGCUAUCGUUUUGGGUGUUGUUAACUUUGUUUCGACCUUUUUCUCACUUUAUACCGUUGACCGUUUUGGUCGUCGUAACUGUUUAUUAUGGGGUUGUGUCGGUAUGAUUUGUUGCUAUGUCGUCUAUGCCUCUGUUGGUGUUACCAGAUUAUGGCCAAAUGGUCAAGACCAACCAUCUUCAAAGGGUGCUGGUAACUGUAUGAUUGUUUUUGCAUGUUUCUAUAUUUUCUGUUUCGCUACCACUUGGGCCCCCGUUGCCUAUGUUCUUAUUUCUGAGUCAUAUCCCUUGAGAGUACGUGGUAAGGCAAUGUCGAUUGCUAGUGCAUGUAACUGGAUUUGGGGGUUCUUGAUCAGUUUUUUCACUCCAUUUAUUACUUCAGCAAUUAAUUUCUAUUAUGGGUAUGUCUUCAUGGGUUGUAUGGUGUUCGCAUACUUUUAUGUGUUCUUCUUUGUUCCAGAGACUAAGGGCUUAACAUUAGAAGAAGUCAACGAAAUGUAUGAAGAAAAUGUGCUACCUUGGAAGUCUAACAAAUGGAUUCCACCAUCUAGGAGGACAGCAGAUUAUGACCUAGAUGCUACUAGAAAUGAUUCUAGACCAUUUUAUAAAAGGAUGUUCACUAAGGAAAAAUAA